AUGGGCAUUCCGUCACCGACGGGUAUCCAGGGCGAUCCCGCCCUCACUUCGCACGGGAUUGACCAGGCCAAGGAGCUGGCGAGGCAUCUCGAAACCCUGGACCCGGCGGUAGAGAAGGUCUAUUCGAGCCCGUUUUACAGGUGUCUGCAGACAAUGGUGCCGUUUAUGGACCUUCAGCGGGAGAAACUUGGCGCACGGAAUCGUCAGUCUGUACCACCUUCUGCUGCUGCUGCGGCUGCUGCGGACGAUGACGAGACGCCCAAAUCCUUGCUCACCGGCACGGUGGUGACCAAGACGCUGCCUGAGCACGGCAUUCGUGAGUGGUUCGGAUCAGCGCCGUUUGAUCACCCGGAGCCAGCCGCCCCUCGAGUCCUCAAAGCCAUGUUCCCGUGGUACGAUGAGAGCUACAUGUCCACCGCGAGGCCGUCUGCCAAGGGCGAGACCCUGGAGCAGCUGCACCAGAGGAUCACCAAGGCCUUGAGGGGCAUCAUCCGACAGUGUGAUGCCGACGGCACGCGGGCCAUUGUCCUGUGCAGCCACGCAGCAGUGAUCAUCCUCAUCGGUCGCAUCCUUACCGGCCUGAUCCCGGACAGCGUAGACCUUGAUGACUUCCAGGCCUACACGUGUGGUUUGAGCGUCUACAGCCGCAGCAGUGGUGGCGUCGCUGAAGGAAACAAUAUCCCUGACAUCCGCGAUGGCCGCCGUUCUGCCUCACCAUCGGCACGAGGUACGUAA